CACACAAUAUAAUAACGGACUAACGCCGUAAGUAUCCGCAGGUAAUGAUCAAAUUUAUUAUUUACUUAACGUAAUCCCUAAUUCCACGUAGCUGUUUGCUAUGUGGCCCUUAUUUUACUUUCAGUUCGUACAAUGUUCGACGCCAAAACCCCACCAAACAAAGACCAAACGUUUUAAGCCAGCCAUCGAUCGUUUUUCUCGUUUUUCCAUCCAUUGCCAGUUGUAUUUCUUCCUUCUAAUUUUCCUGUACACUCCCCUCGCGAUUGAUAGUUUCAUUUAUAAUAAUUUUUCGCCUUGCAUACACAACGAAAAUCCACAGAAACCGUACAUCGAGAUCGAGUUCCGUGAUGCACCGAAGAAACGCAUCAAGCGCAACCUUUCGCUAAAUUGCGACGAAAACGCGAACGAAACGCGCUGCUGCCGAUAUCCGCUGAUGGUGGACUUUGAGAAGUUUGGCUGGGAUUGGAUCAUCGCACCGAAGCGUUACGAGGCGUCCUACUGUGCCGGAGAGUGCAUGAUCAGCUUCCUGCCAAAGUACGAACACACGCACGUAAUGCAGCUCAGCACAUCGGCCAUCCCGUGCUGUUCGCCCAAGAAGAUGAGCUCGAUCAAGCUGCUGUACUUCGACAUGAGCUACAACGUGAUCUACAGCACCAUCCCGAACAUGGUGGUGGAAAAGUGCAGCUGCUCUUGAGUGCCGGUGUCACGUGGCCGUAGCGGACGGGAGCGGAAAAAAAGAAAAAACGACGGAGAACCAGCGGGAAAAUCCAGGAAAAAGACACAUGGACAAAUAUUUAGGCGCGGAACGGCAUGCUCUAAAAAUAAGUAACGAUAGGCACGCGGAAGAAAAUUGGACAAACAUUUACAGCACACGUUUUUGGGCCCACAACGAGCACGGCCUUAUUUAAACGGGGAACGCAGGAGAGCUUACUCUUAGUCCCUGUACUGUGUUGUGUGAAAUUCUACAUCUCGACAAAGAGUCUGAAAAGUCGGUAACAUUUGGAGCUUAAAUAAAAUUUAGUCUAGAUCGGUUAGCCAAUAACGAACCAAACUAGGUAACAAAUUGUACAAUGCAAGAGAGCGCUAGCCGCUCGUGUUAGCAACUCUGGUGAUUUAGGAAACUUUAAAAGCUUAAAAUUGUAUCGGAAAAAAAUCGUUGGUAAUCGUUGUAAUCCAAGUUAAGCGAAGCGAAUGAAAGUGAGAGCGCGAGCGUAAGGGAAAAAUAGGGCGAAAAGCAACAGGUGAUGCAAGAGGAGAAGAAGAGAGAGAAAAAAACACAAAAGUAUACGAAACAAACGCAAAUCGCAAACAUCGGCAAAUGAAAGUAGUGUUGCUUUACGAAACAAUGAAGACAAAAACACAAAAUUAAGGCAAUAUGUGAUAAACGGAACAAAACGGAACAAUAUACACCGUGAGCGACGAAGAGGAUCCGUGAAUGCGCAGAAAGAAAAGAAAAGAAAAACGCUUUUGGCUGGGAAUUUACCUUAAAAACGAGCGUGAAUUUGUAAGAAAUGGGGAGGGGGGCUUUUUUCGUCAACGCCCAAAGUUGCCUACUCGAUAAACUUAACAACUAAAUAAAGUAACUCUAACGGCACAUCCCUUCGUGUUGUAAGUUGUAAAACUAUCGAAAGUCUGGGAUAAAUGCAUGCAAAUAUUAACGAAAGGCGAAUUGUUGCAGAUGGUAUUAACAAUUUAUUAUAGAAAAAAGCCCUACAUACUAAUAACAAGAGGCCAUCGAAGCGCAACAUUAUUAUUUCGAA